AUGUCCCAAGGCCUCUCGUGGCACACACUGGGAGACAGUGAGACUAUCGCUAACACAUGGUGCGACACACUGGACGGCCGCACGCCGCUGCAUCUCGCGGCGCGGCGCGGCAAUCUAAAAGCGGCAGCGCGGCUGGAUGGCGAGGGGAAGACUCCGCAGCAUGUGGCGGCAGAGGCAGGCGCGUGUGUAUUUGUUGUGGCGCGGUUGCGCGCCGUGUGA